GAUUUUUAGUACGUAACAACUACUCUAUAGCAGUUGAUUAAAGAAGAGCGCAUCAUUAAAAUAAUUGGUUUGUGUUUGUAAAUAGAGGAAAAUGUUGUUCAAAAUGGCUGUUGCAUUGCUUUGUAUGACGCUUCUUAUACUACAAGCAAGCAACUAUGUUUGUGGUGAUGAAUUAGACGAACUGGAGAAGAAUGAAGAAAAGCACAAGGAAGAAUAUAAAGAGAUGAUAUACAAUGUUGCAUCGGAUGAUCACAAGUAUACACAAGAUGAAUUAGACUUAUUGCCGGCAGACGAAAGCAUUGUAUUUACAAAGCAUGGACAAGACCAAUUUAAGAAAGUGAAGACGGACAAUCAAGUUUAUGAACGAUCACACAAUAAUGAUGCUGCCGCCGACAAUGACGACGAUGACGAUGACGACAGUAAUUACGACGACAGCGACGCUAGUGAUAAUAAUGACGGAAUUCGUUUCAGAUCUGAGCAGGAUGUCGAAGACUUGUUGGACAUAGAGAGCAAUGAAGAAGAUGAAUAGUUCUGAACAUACUUACGUUACAAAAAAACGAAAAUUAGACCCUUAUACUUAAUACGUUAAUUGGAAAGAGGAAACCAGGCUACAAAGAAAAGUCAAAAAAAUGCUUUUGAAUCCCCUUUGUUGUGAUAUAAUCUAAAUUUAAUUUUUAGGUUCAAAACAGAGAUAUUUCUUUUGAACCCCGACGACAAUUUUUGUAGAAGAGCACUGGGGAUGAGGUUGGAAUCUAGUUUAACCUAAAAAAAUUAAUUUAAGGAUGGAAGUUCAUGGAAUUACUCUAAGGACACACAGUACGCACAGAAAUAACACCAACCUCGUCCCUCUUCUUUUCUUUUUUUGUCCUGUUACUAUUACACCGGAGGCAAGAUCCACUGCAACCUAAAUCUCUAGUACACGAAUAUUAACUUACGACUUGUUUACGAAGUGAGACGUUGUUUCUGCGCAUGUGUGUACAAAUAUCAUUCUCGGUAUGAUCGACGGUAGAGCAACACGACUAGAUAAGGCAAUGUUACACGCAUACCCGCAGGUUUUACACCCUUUCUUUCUUUGAGAAUAGAGGUGUAAUUAUGCUGGAAAAACUCAGACUAGUGAAAUUAUGAACAGGUUAAUCUCCUGCCACUGUUUCAUCUCUGCCGAAUACAUCUGCGCUUACCAUAUUCUCUGCAAUUAAUAUGUUUUUGUUGUAUAUUCCCCACAGCACGAUAGCAGUUAGGGAAAUUUACGACAUAAAACAACGCAAAUUUACACUUUUGUUUUAAUCUUUUUUUCUAAUAGACCUUUGCUUAGCCUCGGAUAUUACACUUGUUUUUUUAUAAACAACGAUUUCUUCGGCUCAGCGACGGUUAAGAUUUUUUUAUUCCAGGUUAUGUGUUGUUUAAAAGUAGCAGAAAAUCAUGAGUAUGUAAGAAAUGGCCAAGAAAUGGAUGUAGCUAUCGAAAAAGAAUUUUCUGCUUCGUAUAAAUAAAAGAGAAGUUUUAUUUAUUUUUUGUUUCUUAGUGAAAACCAGAUACGGGACAUUUUAUUUUUCGACUCUUGCUUUUUUUCAUAUUAGUGUUUUAGCAUAAUCAAUCGCCAAAGAGAUCAAAUUUGUCAUA